UCUCAAGCCUCUGGUCCCCCUUGGGGCCCGGGAGGGGGCCCCUGGGGCAUGGCCCUGCCUCCUCUGCGGGGAUGUGAGCAGCGGCCUCGUAGCCCCGGCACGCAGCCGUCUGCCAUGUCGGGCCUGGCUUCGUACGCUGGCACCACGGCGUCCGCGACCAGCUGGGCGAUUGGCUGGCGGAGCGCCAUGCAUGGCACCCAGUCCGUGACGAUCGAGCAGCGCAUCCUGGCCUGGGACGCAGUGACCGCGGGGGGCACCCAAGCAGCCGUCCUCGACGUGGUCCUGGCGUACCCAGGCGGGAGCGCGUGCAUCGACACGAGCGUGACUGAGGCCAUCGCCGCCGAGGGCGCGACCGCACGCCGGCGCGCCCGCGUCGCCGGCGCAGCGGCCCGGGAGCGGGAGCAGGAGAAGCACUCCCGCUACCCCGGCCCUGGCCUGGUGGCCGCGGUGGUGGAGAGCGGCGGCUGCCUGGGGCGCGAGUUCGACUCGUUCCUCCGCGAGCACGCCCCGGCGGACCCGGAGACCAGGGCCGCGGCCCUCGUCGACGCGAGGCAGCGCGUGGUCGUGGCCGUCGCGCGCGGCACGGCGGCGAUGCUGCUCAGCAGCGCCGGCCCGCGCGGGAGGCCUUGGCAAUCCCCUGCCCAGGGGGUGGGCCGCGGCCGGGCCCGCCGCUGA